GGUGGGUUUUCUCUUGCUUUUGCCUCUAAGUUUUAGGAAAGGCUUUUCCACACGCUUUGAUCAGACCCUCGAAACACGAGCAAGAGUGUACGAGUGUAAGAGCAAGCUAGGUAGAGUAAGAGAGUGAGCCCCUCCUCUCUUCCUCUUCAUUAAGCUUUCUGAAACAAACCCAACGGCACUACACACACAGUGAUAUAUAUCAGAGAUAGUUCAGAGUUAUAUGAGAAAAUGGGGGACACAGCGAGGAGGAUUGUAGCAUCGAGUGGGAGAGUAAUAAACAAAGGAGUAAGCUGGGUUGCGUUCUGUAUUCUGGACCUUUUAGAUAUUGUGUUGUGUGUGGUGUUCAAGGUGGUGGAUUUGGUGGUGGAGGGUGAAUGGAAGCCUUGCUAUUGCUCGCCGGGAUCGGCGAAGGAAGCCAUGAGAGGAGGUGACAUCUUGGUGUCCGAGCACGGCGGCGAAUCCAAGAUCCUGUCUCUGACCACCUCCUCCAAGGUAUUGCAGUUGGAGGACAUCUCAGACACUCUCUUCUCACGUCCUUCAUUGUUGUCGCAUCAGUUGAAGCGCUUCCAUGAUUCGUCUCGCAAGAACAAUAGCACGUCGUUCACCGUCAACUCCACCAUCGUCGAGAUGCUCGGAAGAAGACAGCAGUACUGUCACCACCCCACUACCACCAGAUGGUCCGACUGCGAUUGCCAGCUAUGCACGGGUUGGAUCUCUCCUUCUUCCAAAGGCAAACUCUUUGUCAGAACUCAAGGACCCAUGACCACAGGGGGAACGAGAAGAGGAGGGGAAGAUGUGGUGUUUAUACAUGGGUUCAUAUCGUCGUCGUCAUUCUGGACGGAGACAUUGUUUCCGAAUUUCUCCGGCAAGGUGAAGUCCAGUUACCGGUUGUUUGCGGUUGAUCUGCUGGGGUUUGGAAGAAGUCCGAAGCCAAGCGAGUCUCUGUACACGUUGAGGGAACAUUUAGAGAUGCUAGAGACGUCGGUGUUAGAGCCCUACAGGCUUCAAUCGUUCCACAUUGUGGCUCAUUCUUUGGGGUGCAUCCUUGCCCUCGCCCUUGCCGUUAAGUACCCUCGUUCUGUCAAGUCCCUCACUCUCCUUGCUCCCCCAUUUUAUCCUGUGCCGAAGGCGGCGGCGGCUCAGGCGACGCAAUACAUGAUGAGCAGAGUGGCGCCGAGGCGCGUGUGGCCGCCGAUCACCUUCGGGGCGUCCAUGGCGUGCUGGUACGAGCACAUUACGCGAUUGAUUUGCUUCGUCAUCUGCAAGAACCACCGCCUCUGGGAAUUUCUCACCAAACUCAUCACCCGAAACAGGUUGAGGACGUUCUUGCUGGAAGGUUUCUUCUGCCACACUCACAACGCAGCCUGGCACACUCUCCACAACAUCAUAUGUGGCACCGCCGGCAAGAUGGAGGCCUACCUGGACGCCGUCAAUGACAACCUUAACUGUAAAGUCACCGUCUUCCACGGCAAAGACGACGAGCUCAUCCCUCUGGAAUGUAGCUACGAGCUUCAGAGAAGGAUCCCUCGUGCCAACGUUAGAGUCAUCGAUGACAAGGACCACCUUACCAUCGUUGUCGGUCGACAGCAAGAUUUCGCUCGAGAACUCGAGCAGAUUUGGACCUCUUAUUAAUUAAAAACUCAAACCUAUAUCUCCAUUUCCAAUUGUGGCAACAACAUAUCACUACGCAUCUUUUUCUGUUCUUUUUCUCGUUCUUCUCUUUAUUGUUUCUCUUCCAGCUAAGCUUGCGUCGAGUGAUCUUGAGAUGUGAUGGGUGCCAGCAACUGCAAUAUAAUCGGCUCCUUCAAGUUUCAACCAAUUAAAGAAGGAGUUAGUGAAUAUAUGAGUUGGGUAUAAAAUAAUUUCUCUCAAGUAUAGCAAGUCCAGAAAUAGAUGCGUGCAUCGCACGUUUGUGGCUCGAAUGAGUAUUUAUGACUGCCCAUUUCGUGUUUGUUCAAAUUCAUGACCAUGCUAUUUAUUCA